AUGCUUGAUAAUGAAUUAUGGGAUUACGGAUUAACAUUUUAAUAAAUCAUCGUAUUGAAAUACUUUACUAUCAUUUUGGCUUGGCAAUUAAUACCUACUUAAAAACCUUUAGAGUCCUAUCAGCAAAUAAAUAGUUAUUUGUGUUUUAAUAGCAGAGAUUAAAUCUCCUCUAAAAAAUUUUUUCAAAUAGAGAUUAUUUAUUGGUAUCAGGAGCUUAUGACGUUGGACUCUCUGUUGUAAUACUUUUUCUAAUUAUAUAGUAGCACCAAUUAUGAGAUCUAUCUUCACUUGCUCAACUUAAAGUUAAAAAGCGAAUAACUUUUAUUUUUAUCCAACUAAAGUACAUAAUUGAGUGUAAAAAGAAGUAAGAGCAUUAUCAGAAAUAUUUAAUAAUAAUUCUAGAUAUUUGGCAGCAGUCUAGCAAAUAUUAAGAAUUUUAAUUCAUACAUUUUUUGUAAUACUUCAAUUGAAAGAUAAAGAGUAAUUGAUACAAUGAAACAAUCUUUAGAAGAAAAAUUUCAAUUUUUAUAAUUAUUUAAGUGA